CCGCGGGCAGGGCAAAGGUGCAGCUGCAGCAGUGAAGAAGUGCUUCGGACAGCAGCAGACGCUGGUUCACAUUCUUAGCCACCGGCAGCAGAAGCUCCUGUCAGAAAUGCGUCGACUAAUAGGCGGUGCAUUUGCAGCAUUUUCUGUUUUCACUUCAGAUCUGUAUCAUUCGCGCUGUUUUCUUUAAAAUUCUGAUUCGAAGACGUCAAGGCUCUGUAUUUCAGUACUUGCUUACGAAGAGGUAGAUGCAGACGGGUCUCGGCAUUGCAAAUCCUGCGGGAUUGACACGAAGUCUGCCGGAAUUAAAAAUUCAUCGUCAGGACCUCGUUUGCGGGGCAGUGGCCUCGUGGUAUUAUCCCUGGACUGUUAAUCUGGGGACCUGUGUUCGAAUCCUGCCAAGGCAGAUGGUGGAAUUUGAGUGUCUGGUUUGAAUGAGGCUGACGCCGAAUAGGCAGUAAAUGCUGCCUGCACUCUCACCCCUGGUAUGAAUAUAGGGGGGAAAACCCGAAAUAUGUUGUUCAGGAACAUCUUUUUCAUUCUCCUUGUGUAGUUCCAAUUGGAGGUUGGUUAUACAGAUAUUGGGGAUUGCAUAUGGGAUGAUUUUAAUUUGGCCCCUCACCAAUCCAGCAGGGCUGGAGGAGAGGAUGAGGAACCCCAGCACCUGGGCUCAUCAAGACGACUGAAUAGAGGGUGCUGCAUCCCGGACAACAUGUCUUGGACCUGUCUGAGAUUCACUGGCAGAAGGGGUUGCCCUUCAGAUGGAUCACCAUGAUUUCUUACAAUAGGAAUUGUCGUCACUGAGAUCAGUAAGGGUGAAUAUGCCCUACCAAUGGUCCUCAAAGUUACACCUACCCUGAAUUUUAUUUUCUGGCUACUUUCAAUUAGCUACAAGGUCUACUAAUGUGCCAGUUUUCAGUCCACAGCUGUAGUAGGCAGAUAACUAGCGUCCUGUUUGCCAGAAAAGUACGUCAUGGUCUCCAUUAGCUUCAACAUUCAACAGAAAAGAGUACAUUGUUCUGGAGCCAUGGCUGACUUACAUGCAGGACAUGAUUGACAGUGUGAUAUUGGUGGCCAUUGAGCACCAAAAUAAAAGCUCAUUCAAGCAAUAAAUUUCAAUCUCUGCAUUGUCAAUGUUAGCAGUUUGCUCUGCACAAUUUCCCCCAGAUUGUGUGUUAUACAUCGACAUGAUCUGCAGCAUAUUGCUCCACACUGCCUUGAAGGAAGACCUCCCUUUGGCAGAGGAAGUAAGCAGCAGCAGCAACAGGAACCAUCAUCAAAUGAUGAAAACCUUUGAGAAAGAUGCAAUCACAUUGGGAAACAGGCACUCUGAAAAAUCAGCAUUUUGUAGCACCAGAUGUAAAAGUCUCCAGACAUUGAGCUGGCCAUCCGGUGUUUACUGCGACUACAAAUGGGUCUCCUAGCAACUGUAUUGUUUACAAUCGAUGCCAGAAUCGGAGGGAAGUCAGGCGAGGCCAGUGCAAACGCUGCUUUUGCGAUCUGCUAGUGAACAGUGCCAUUUGGGAAAGCAGAAGUCCCCCUACCCCCCAGCCAUGGCCCACAAGUACGACACGCUUCUUGCUGGAAAAUCCGAGUUCAGCAAAACACGCUCAGACAAGCCGCCACUUCCCCAACCCUGGUACAAGGAGAGGCUAAAGACGAAGUACCUCAAAAAGAAUCAAACCUUGUCGUCUGACGCUUUGAAUGGACGUCGAUGGCGUUUCUUGAAAAGUGGGCUAGAUGAUUUCCGUGAUGGCUAUCCCCCUCAGACACAGGAAGAUUUAGCCAUAAUACGCAGUGUGAAGGGUGCUGGUCUUCGUCCCUUUCUCUUGAAGGGCACAGAAACUUUCAAACCUGCUCAGAGUGUGUCAAAAAGGCUUACUAAAUCACAGAUAUGUUUUUCCAAGUUUCUACCAUUACAACAGACGAGGAGGGAGCAGCUGGAAGAGAUUGAAUAUGGCUUGAGUCAGCAUCCAUUAGCUCUUUAUCCACACCUGGAAGAAGGAAUACGUCCAGAGCUCUUUGAGGUAAUUGUAGGUCUGCUGGACCCUGAGAUGCUAUUGUCUGACAAUAUUUGUGUAGAAGUACCUGAUGAAAAGAAGCAGACAGUUAUAAAACCAAAAGAGAAGACACAAGGCAGAAAAUGUUUAGAAAACAAUGAAGAACCAAAGCAGAGAAACCCCUAUAAGUGGAUCCUAUCCAGAGGGAAACAGAAGAAGGAGGACCAGAAAACCAGUCGAAAAUGGGAUAAAAAAACAGGACAAGAUGAAGAAAUAAAACAAAUAACAAAGGAAUUUUGUGACUGGGUAGCUUCUCUGGGUGGAGAGAACUACAAUAUAGAAGAAUCUACAAUCUUGAACCUUUUUGCAAGUGACUAUGAAACCAAUUCUGCUCUUCCCAUACCUAUCCAAGUAGUGGAGCUGGCCAACAUUCCUAGAGAGUUAAGGAUAACAGUGGGAACACCUCCACUAAGACCUUCACGAAGAAUCCACAAAACUCCUACCUUGGAAUCCACCCAGCCAUGUGGGGAUAAAUAUAUAUAUGGAGCCUGGUAUUUGGAUCCAAAGACAUGGUCAAAAAGAAGAGCUGAUGAACCUCUGGUCGAUCCCAAUUUUGAGGCUGAGAAAAACAAAACAAUUUUGCCUGAAGGGGCUGGGGAGAAGGAUGAAGAAAUCAGAAGGCUUCAUGCAACAAUAUCUUUCAAAAAAUAUCUAGAGGCAUUAGGAUGCAGGAAACCAGAGUUCCUGGAGAAAUUAUUUGCCAAAGUUGAUGAAAAUCAAACAGAAGUCAGAAGAACAGCUUGAAACAGAAACCUGAGACAGAAACUUCAGACCAAUUUUAACUCAGCUGAGAAGCUCAUUUGAGGACCAGCUCUCUUAUUUAUAAAUUUCUGUCAGAUCCACUUACAAUAAACAUACCAAAAU